AUGGUCUCCUUCUCAUCCGUGGCGAUCGCCCUUACAACUGUGGUGGGUGCCUUGGCGCUUCCCAGCGAUCAGUCUGUCAAUCAUCUGGUUGAGCGCCAGACUAUCACCUCUUCUCAGACGGGCACCAACAACGGCUACUACUAUUCAUUCUGGACCAACGGCGCAGGCUCUGUGAGCUACAGUAACGGCGCCGCCGGCCAGUUCAGCGUCAACUGGGCCAACCAGAACGGUGGCGACUUCACUUGCGGAAAGGGAUGGAACCCUGGAAAGGCCCAGGACAUCUCCUUCUCCGGCACCUUCACUCCCAACGGCAAUGCCUAUCUUUCCAUCUAUGGUUGGACCACUGGCCCCUUGGUUGAGUACUACAUCCUCGAAAGCUACGGAAGCUACAACCCCGGCAAUGGAAUGACCCAUGUCGGCACUCUGACCAGUGAUGGCUCGGACUACGAUAUCUACAAACACCAGCAGGUCAAUCAACCAUCUAUUGUUGGUACAUCUACCUUUGAACAGUACUGGUCGAUCCGAAAGAACAAGCGUUCCAGUGGUACCGUCACUACCUCCAACCACUUCAACGCCUGGGCUUCCCACGGCAUGAACCUCGGUUCGCACAACUACCAAAUUUUGUCCGUCGAAGGCUACGAGAGCUCCGGUUCAGCCUCGAUGACUGUCUCCGCUGGUUCUUCAUCGGGCAGCUCCGGCGGCUCGGGUUCAGGCAAUGGUUCGGGCAGCGGUUCCCAGACCACCACCGCCAGCUCAAGCACUGGCACCGGCACCGGCACCGGCACCGGCUCUGGUAACGGCUCUGGUGGCUCUUCUGGCAACUGCGCCGCCCAAUGGGGCCAGUGCGGCGGCCAGGGUUGGAACGGCCCGACCUGCUGCUCCUCUGUCACAUUUUCCUAUACUACAGCAUUUUGGUCAUGGAAGGACUGGGAGACUCAACUUGACUGGAUGGCGCUUCACGGCGUAAACCUCCCACUCGCCUGGGUCGGCCAGGAAAAGAUCCUUGUGGAGGUUUUCCAGGAGCUUGGUCUCACUGAUGCAGAGAUAGCCUCAUAUCUCAGUGGACCUGCAUUUCAAGCCUGGAAUCGACUUGGAAAUAUUCAAGGAUCAUGGGGAGGGGAUCUUCCGCGAACCUGGAUCGAUCAGCAAUUUGCACUGCAGAUGAAGAUUCUUCCUCGCAUGGUGGAACUCGGCAUGACUCCUGUUCUGCCAGCAUUUACUGGAUUUGUGCCCAUGAACACUACUCGAGUAUUGCCAGAUGCGCAGAUUGUGAGAGGAUCGCAAUGGGCAGGCUUCCCGCCACAGUAUUCAAAUGAUUCAUAUUUGGAGCCUUUUGAUGCCAACUUUGCGAAGAUCCAGUCCAGCUUCAUAAGCAAGCAGCGAGCCGCUUAUGGCAACAUUAGCAACAUCUACACAUUGGAUCAAUACAAUGAGAAUUCGCCUUACUCGGGGGACCUGGACUAUCUUCGAAAUGUCACGUACUAUACGUGGCAAAGCCUCAAACAGGCCGAUCCUGGUGCAGUGUGGAUGAUGCAAGGCUGGCUUUUCUAUGCACAGGCUGCAUUCUGGACUGAAGAAAGUAUCCAGGCAUUCCUGUCUGGCAUCGAGAAGAACGAUGAUAUGCUGAUUCUGGAUCUCUUCUCGGAAUCUGCACCCCAGUGGCGCCGGACAAAUUUUUACUAUGGAAAACCCUGGAUUUGGUGCCAAGUCCACGACUACGGUGGAAACAUGGGACUCUACGGACAGCUGAGAAAUGUCACUGUCAACGCGACCGAGGCUCGAGCCGAGUCGCCGUCCUUAGUCGGGUACGGGCUGACUAUGGAAGGCCAAGAAGGCAACGAGAUUAUGUACACCAUCUUGCUGGAUCAAGCAUGCCGAUACUCCGGCUGCGGUACUCUUCCUGUUGUGUUGUAUGAAGCCUGGGAUUUGCUUCGCACAAGCGUCUACGAUAACACCAAUACUUCUGUCACCUCUGUGAUCAAAUCGGCUUUUGAGAUUCGGCCCGGUCUCAACAAUGUUCGCAUUGGCUUUCAAGCUUCUGUCCCGACUUACAACACAUCGCAAGUUGUGCAAUCCUGGGAGAAGCUAUAUCGAGCUGCAAAAGAGGAACCUCGAUUGUGGGCCAGCCCUCCAUAUCAGCAUGAUAUGGUGGACUUGACACGACAAGUCAUAGUCAACGCCUUCAUUCCGAUCUACCAUAGUUUGAUCUCCACUUGGAACACGUCCAGCGCUGUUGCCGAUUCCCAUGCAUUGACACGAGAGAGUGACAAACUUCUCCAGCUUCUCACUGACCUCGACGCGGUUUUACUUACAAAUCACAACUUCCGGUUAUCCACGUGGACUGAGUCUGCCCGUUCCUGGGCUCAUGGCGAUAAGGAAUUUGAGGCGUUCCUGGAGUACAAUGCCCGGAACCAGAUUACGCUCUGGGGCCCAGACGGGGAGAUAGCCGAUUACGCUUCCAAGCAAUGGGGUGGUCUUGUUUCGACUUACUAUAUACCCCGAUGGCGGAUUUUUUGCAAAUAUUUGCAAUCUGUAUCGCCUGCGUCGUAUAACUCUACGGAAGUGGAGAGACAGCUCAUUAAGUUUGAAAAAAAAUGGCAAACUGAGACUUGGAAUGACACAACGGAAAGCCGAGGGAAGACGAAGAGCUUGCAAGCAGUUAUUGGUGAUGUUCAGGCACGGUGGCCAACUUUUUUUGGUCGUUGUUGA